GAGCUUGACGUAGAAAUAAGUGAUGACAGAUUGAGAGAGAUGAUUGAAGAAGCUGAUCUAAAUGAUGACAAAGGAGUAGAUGAGGAAGAAUUCAUAAAUCUUUUGAAAAAAAUAAAUUUAUACAAUUGA